AUGUCGGCGGACAGCGGCUCUUCGCCUGAAGACGACAAUUUAGAGGAGCAGUGCGGUUCUGAAGUAGAUGAAAUGGAAAAAAGUGAGCACUCAAACGAUGCUUUGGAGCUCAACCAAUUCGAUGGCUUACCGUACUCCUCACGAUAUUACAAGUUACUUAAAGAAAGAAAGGCCCUGCCAGUUUGGGAUGCAAAGCGUGAGUUCAUGGACACCUUGGCCGACCAUCAGCUAGUGAUAGUGUCUGGAACUGCGAAAACUGGGAAAAGUACGCAGAUGCCGCACUGGUGUGCGGAGUUCUGUCUGUCGGUGCAGUACCAGCACGGCGGUGUGGUGUGCACUCAAACCGACCGGAGGUGUGCUGUCGACCUGGCCCUACGCGUCGCUGAUGAAAUGGACGUUAACAUCGGGCAUGAAGUGGGGUACAGCGUCCCCCUGGCCAACUGCUGCUCCAGCGACACCGUGCUGAGGUACUGUACCGACGACCUACUGCUGAGAGAGAUGAUGUCGGACCCCCUGCUGGAGCGGUAUGGCGUGGUGGUGAUCGACCAGGCCCACGAGCGGACUGUGAGUACGGAUGUGCUGCUGGGACUUCUGAAGGAGAUCCAGCUGCAGAGGCCGGAGCUCCGGGUGGUGAUCCUGACCGCCCCGCACAUGUCCCACCUGCUGGCCUCUCACUACGGCGACGCCCCCCUGAUCCAGCUGGGGGGCACCAGCCUGCCUGAGGUGGUGUACAGCAAAGGCACCCAGGAGGACUGCUUCUGCUCCGCACUGCGCCUGGUGCUGGAGAUCCAUCAAGCCCAGGAGGAGGGCGACAUCGUCGUGUUCCUGGCCUCAGUGCAGGAGAUUACCUGUGCGUGUGAGAUCCUGCGGAGAGAGGCGGCUGAGCAGACCCCCUCACUCAGGGAGCUGGUGCCAGUGGCCCUGUACCCCGGCCAGGGGGGGGGCUGCUGGGUGGGGGAGGUGGAGCAGACGAAGAGCAGGAAAGUGUUUCUGACCUCCAGCCACAGUGAGGCGCCCUUCUGGGGUGUGGACACUGUCAACUUCGUUAUCGACACUGGAGUUCAGAAGAGACAUGUGUAUAACCCUCGGAUCAGGGCUAACUCUAUCGUGACGCAGCCCAUCAGUAAAAGUCAAGCGGAGAGUCGCAGGCAGCUGGUGGGCUCCACAGGGAAGUGCUUCUGCCUGUACCCUGAGGAGACACAACUUCUGCCUGAGACUCCUGCCUCUAUCCUGGAGGCCAACAUCACCCCCACGGUGCUCUUCCUGAAGCGCAUGGACAUCGCUGGCCUGGGCCCCUGCGACUUCAUCAGCAGACCAGACCCCGAGGGCCUGAUGCAGGCCCUGGAGGAGCUGGAUUACCUGGCAGCCCUGGACGAUGACGGGAACCUUUCUGAGAUCGGCAUCAUCAUGUCCGAGUUCCCGCUGGAGCCGCAGAUGGCCAAGACCCUGCUGGCCUCCUGUGAGUUUGACUGCGUGAAUGAGGUGGUCACCAUCGCGGCCAUGCUCACAGCACCAAGCUGCUUCUUGGAGCUGAGCCCGGAGUCCCGACCCGAGGUUCUGCAGCGCCACGGAAUGUUCCGGCACCCCGAGGGGGACCACUUCACCCUCAUCAAUGUCUACCGGGCCUUUAAGCAGAACCAGCAGGAGGCAUGCUCUAACCUUGAGAGGUGGUGUCAGGACCACUUCCUCAGCUACCCUGCUCUGCAGAUGGCAGACGCCAUCAGAUCCGAGCUGACGGACAUCCUGAGGCGGCUCGAGCUGCCGGUGUCAGAACCCGCCUUCGGAACCAAGAACAACACCCUCAACAUCCAGAGAGCGCUGCUGGCUGGAUUCUUCAUGCAGUUCGCCAGACGUGUGGACACAGCGGGUCAGUACUUUGUGCUGACCCAUAAGCACAUGGCUGAGAUCCACCCCCACUCCAGCUACCUGACUCAGGGCCAGGACCCAGGCCUGCCCGAGUGGGUGCUCUUUCACGAGUACACCCUCUCUGAAAACAACUGCAUCCACGUAGUCUCUGAGGUCUCGCCCGAACUCUUCAUUCAGAUGGCCCCACAGUAUUUCUUCUAUAAUCUGCCUGCUAGUGAGAGCAAAGACAUACUGCAGACCCUCCUGGACCACGAUGGCUCUGAGCCCUGCAAAGUGAAGAGGGGGCGGAGCCAGACCCUCAGCAGCGAAUCACAGGAGGACUGUGCUGGAAACCAGGCUCAGGAGAGGUGUGUCAUACAGUGACUUCCCACAAUCACCCACCCUGCAGCCCCGCCCACUCAU